GUUCUUGGCAAAUGGAAUGCCGGUAUCAUCAAUCCGGCACCAAAAUCUCUCCUCGAUCGAGGAAGUGGUGCGGCGGCUGGAGGAGGAAUCCACUGCCGGCGGCGACGACGCAUACCGAUGCGCGCAGCUGCUGCGCCUGUGCGGCCGAUCCAAAUCUCUAGCUCAUGGCAGCCGCGUCCACGCCCAGAUCCUUCUCCGCUCGCGCGGCCGCUGCUCCACAUUCCUCGCCAAUCUCGUCGUCCAGAUGUAUGGGCGCUGCGGCGAGCUCUCCCGCGCGCGCGAGGCAUUCGACGCGAUUGAAGAGCCCAAUCUCUUCUCGUGGGCGAUCCUCAUGGCGGCCUACGUGCUCAAUGGCCACGACCGCGCGGCGCUGCGAUUGUUUCGCGCGAUGGACCAGCAAGGGAUCCCGGCGGAGAGCGCGACGCUCGUGAGCGCCAUAGGCGCAAUCGCGGGGAUCGGCGAUCUGGCUUUGGCCAGGGCAAUCGAGGUGCGCGUCCGGAGAACUGUCCUCGACAGGAUCAUCGUGGCGGGCGGCGCACGAUCGGACGUGAUCGUGGAGACUGCGAUGAUCAACAUGUUUAGCAAGUGUGGGGCAGUGAUCGAGGCACUCGCAGUGUUUGAUCGGAUCCAGGAUCGCAAUCUGGUAUCGUGGAACGCGAUGAUUACAGCAUUUGCCCAGAACGGGCAUCGCAGGGAGGCAGUGGAGCUCUACCGGAGAAUGGAGGAGGAAGGGAUCCGGGCCGAUGAGAGCACUUAUCCGAGUGUUCUUGGGGCGUGCCAGAGCUUGGCGGAGGGGCGAUCGAUUCACGCCAGGAUUUGCAGCGCGGGGCUGGAGCUGGAUGUCGUGGUGGGAUCUGCGCUGGUGAGCAUGCAUGGGCGAUUCGGCGCGCUGGAAGCCGCGCGGGAUGUGUUUGAUCGAAUGGAGCACAAGAACGUAAUCACCUGGUGCGCGAUGAUCUCUGCGUAUGCGCAGAAUGGGCAUCCCAGGCAAGCGCUGGAUGGCUUCGCGAGGAUGGGCAGGAUCAAGCCCAACUCGGUGACGUUCUUGGCGGUUCUUGAGGCCUGCUCGCUUCUGGGCGAUCUGGAAAUCGGGAGAGGGGUUCACGGGCAGAUCGUGGAGGCUGGAUUCGAUGGCGAAGAGAAUGUGAGCAAUGGGCUCAUCAACAUGUAUGGGAAGUGUGGGAGCUGGAGCGAUGCGAGAGUGGUGUUUGAUGCCGCGAGAAGGUCUUCUCUCCGGAGGAACACGGUGGUGUCUUGGAAUUCGAUGAUAGAGGCUUAUGCCCAGCUUGGGCAUGCCAAUGAGGCAGUGGAGGUGUUCCAGGAGAUGCGCUUGGAUGGAACCAAGCCGGAUCAAGUGACGUUCCUGGAGAUGAUGUUUGCUUGCAGCCAUGCCGGAUUGGUGGAGCAAGGGAUCUUUUGCUUCUUGUCCAUGGUUAGAGACGAGAGGUUGACACCGAGUGGUGAUCACUGGAGGAGUUUGGUGGAUCUUUUGGGAAGAGCUGGAUGGAUUCGAGGGGCGGAACAAGUGGUGAAGGAUAUGGCUGGCAGUGCUGAUCCUGUGGCUUGGACUACAUUAAUUGGUGCUUGUAUGAUUCAUGGCAGAAUAGAUCACGGGGUUUGUAUUGCAGAGGGUGUUUUGGCAGGGGAUAAUAAGGCUCAUGUUGGAGCUCCGUAUGCUUUAAUAUCCAACAUAUAUUCUUCCAAAACUCCAAGACUAUCUUGAUACAUUCAAUUAAAUUUUAAUUCCAGGGCUGAAGACGAAACAUUAAAGGGACAAGAGUGAUGAUCAAGCAUUCUACAAGUGUAAUCUAAUGUUGACUAAUGAUAUUUCUUUUUUUAUUUAUGCAU